GCCCGUUGCUCUCGCGAGACUCGCCCCGGACCUGACGGUGCUUCCCGGAUCCCGGCACCGACCGCCCGUUACCGACCCCCCCUUACCGACUCUUCCCUUACCGGCCCCGGCGCCCACCUCCCGCUACCGACUGUCCCCUUACCGGGCCCGGUGCUGACCCCCCGUCACCGGCCUCCCCGUCGCCGUCCCUCCUCUUACCCCCGUUACCGACUCCCCCUCCCCGUUACCGACCCCCGGCCAUGGGCGACCCCAAAUACGCCGACCUGCCCGGCAUUGCCAGGAACGAGCCCGACGUGUACGAGACCAGCGACCUCCCCGAGGACGACCAGGCCGAGUUCGAGGCGGAGGAGCUCAGCAGCACCAGCGUGGAGCAUCUCAUCAUCAACCCCAACGCCGCCUACGAGAAGUUCAAGGACAAGCGCUUGGGUACCGAGGGGCUGGAUUUCUCGGAUGGCGUCAGCAAGACGAGGAGGACGGGCUGCAGGUCUGGGGAGCGCGACAUGCUCGGGGGGGGCGCCCAGGAGAGCCCCCAGCAGCGCUACCAGCGCCUGCAGCUGGAGGUGCAGGAGCUGCUGCAGGAGGUGCAGCGCGGCGUGGGCGCGGCGCAGGAGCCGGCGGGCGAGCAGCAGCCGGUGGCCGCGGCCUUGGCGCGGCAGGUGGACGCGCUGCGGCAGCAGCUGCUCUCGGGGCGGCUGCAGCAGCUGCUGGGACCCAGCGCCGCCGUCGACUUCGCCGACCCCGAGGGGGCCUUGGCCAAGCGGCUGCUGCAGCAGCUGGAGGUGGCCAAGCACAGCAAAGCGCCGCCAGGGAAGAGCCCCCCCGCAAAGAGCUCGUCCCCGCCUGGGGACGCCGUCACCUUCGAGCUGUACUGGAGGCCGGAGCAGGACCAGUUUGCCCAGACAGCCAAGAUCGCAGAGCUGGAGAAGCGGCUGGCGCAGCUGGAGGCAACAGUGCGGUGUGAGCCCGACAGCCAGAACCCACUCUUGGCCGGGCUGAAAGGCACCAACCUCAUGGAGACCAUGCAGGUCCUGCAGGCCAAGGUCAACAUCUUGGACGUGGCCGUGCUGGACCAGGUGGAAGCCCGGCUGCAGAGCGUCCUGGGGAAGGUGAAUGAAAUGGCCAAGCACAAGGCGAUGGCACAAGACACCGACACCCAGAGCAAGAUCCAGCAGCUCCACGAGACGCUACAGCGCUGGGACCCCGUGGCCACCGCCCUGCCCGACGUGGUGCAGAGGCUGGUGACGCUCAGGGACCUGCACGAGCAAGCCGCCCAGUUCGGGCAGGUCCUGGUGCACCUGGACACGACGCAGCAGGACAUGGUGGCGGCUCUGAAGGACAACGCGGCGCUGCUGGCGGAGGUCCAGAAGACAAUGAAGGAGAAUUUGGCCAUCGUGGAGGACAACUUCGCCGACAUCGACGCCCGCAUCAAGCGGCUGCAGAAGUGACCCCCCCGGCCGUCCCCCCCUCCAUGAGGCAUUGCACCCCUCGGGUCCUGCGACCCCCGGGAAUCGUCCCCCCGCAGGUCCCUUGUUUGUACUUACUCUGCCCCUCCACCACAGUGUGUGGGGGCUGGAGGGCCCCCCCCCCCAACCCUCCACUUGCACUGAGGGGGUGGGGGUGUCUGUACCCCCCCAUUUACCCCAAUAAACAGCUCAAAGUGCAUCCA